AUCAGAGAUUAUAAACAAUGCCUGAACUUUUGAAGCAAAAUUACCGUGAACAGCUAGCCACCUGGAUUGGGAAGACCUGUCACUUCCGGUUAUUGUACAAGAUCAGCAGAGAUGGAUGUUCAGCCACAACGUUUCAUCAAAAGUGUGACGGUCAGGGACCAACAGUAACAGUUCUGUAUAACACAAAUAACACGAUAUUUGGAGGGUACCUAUCACAGAGCUGGAAUUCCAAUGGCGCACAUAUCGCAGACACAAAUGCAUUUCUUUUCCGACUGCAGUAUAACGGUUCUUCUUAUCCACAUAAAGCUCCUGUCAAUGGUUCCUAUUAUAAUUAUGCAGGCUAUGGGGAUGGUAAUUAUGGUCCAUCUUUUGGAGGGAAUACUGACUUACGCACAUUUCAAGGGAACGUUUCAAAAUCUGGCAAUACGUUUGCGCUAAGUGGUUAUGUGCAGGUGCAAUACUAUACUUACAAUGGACAGGAUACCAACUCUAUGACAAACAAUAAUCUGUCGGUUACCGACCUCGAGGUCUACCUUGUCGUAGAUGGAACAGGACCAAAGAUUUUUGACAAACCAUGGAGAGAACCACCUGAAUGGAACAAUGAGACAAUUCAGAAACAAAAACAGUCUCUCAUCGACUACAAUCCAGUGGGAGAGGCAAACGUAUCUGCAGCAAACAUUCUUCUGAUUGGUCAAAUUGGCGCGGGAAAGUCCAGUUUUUUCAACUCUGUCAACUCCAUUUUCCGGGGGAAAAUUACCAGUAAAGCUUCAAGUGGAAGUUUUGAGCACAGUGUGACAACAGCAUACAGACAAUACAAAAUCAAAGAUUUCAAAUCUGGAAAGUUCCUCAAUUUUCGUCUAUGUGACACAAGAGGCUUAGAGGAAGAAUUUGCGAUGGAUGUUCAAGAAAUCUCCUUCAUUUUGGACGGAAAUGUCCCAGAUCGGUACCAGUUCAAUCCAAUGGUUCCUUUCACCUCGGAUACACCUGAUUUUAUUAAAGACCCUGAUCUACAGGAUGAAAUUCACUGCGUGGCUUUUGUGAUAGAUGGGAGUACUGUCGACGUUCUGCCUGACAAAGUUCGUAAACAGAUGAAAGAUCUACAAGUCAAAUUAAAUCAAAGAAACUUGCCACAAGUUGUUCUCUUGACCAAACUAGACAAAAUAUGUCCAGAUGUGGAUGAAGAUAUCAAAAACACAUUUUCGAGUUCUGCCAUUUCUGACGCCGUGGAGAGAGUGGCGGAAAUGAUGGGUCUUCCCCGUGGUCACGUCCUUCCCGUGAAAAACUACGAAAGUGAGACCAAGCUGAAAACAGGGGUGGAUAUUUUAGUGAUGGAUGCUCUCCAACAGUGUCUGGAUUUUGCAGAUGAUUUCAUGGAUGAACAAUUAGACAAAAUAGCCUCUGAGGGAAAGAAGACGAGAGAAAAAGAUUGAAAUCCCGUACAAUCUUUGUGAAUUGCAUUUAUUCAUUUUUUAUUAAAGCUACAAUUUACUUUAAUGUACUGUGCAUAUUUUAUUUGAAGCAAAAUAUUUUACAGUGAACAGUUUUGGAACAAUGGGAAGAUGCAAGAUGUUCCUAAAGCUGUAUUGUAAAACUCUUAUAAAGGUAUUUUUGAAUGUAUUUUAGAUACUAGUAAGAGCAUGACUGUUGAAAAUGCGUCAGCUUUUAUAAGAAUCAAAUGUACAUUUUUA